AUGACCACCAUCAAGUGUAUUUUAGCUAUUGCGUUGAAGAAUGGAUGGGGUGUGUUUCAAUUAGAUGCGAACGAUGCUUUUCUACAUGGUGAUUUAAAUGAAGAGGUUUACAUGAAAUUUCUUCCCGGUCUUGCACCUUCUUCUCCUAACCAUGUCUGUAAGCUCAAUUAUCUCACACAUACAAAACCUGAUUUAUCCUUUACAGUGCAACAUCUGAGUCAAUAUAUGCAAGAUCCUUGUGAACCUCAUCUUGCAGCUGCUUUACGGGUUCUUCGUUAUUUGCUCAAAGAUCAUGAUAUUGGUCUAUUUAUGUUUGUAUCUGCUUUUUUCAAAUUGAUGGCCUUUUGUGACUCUGAUUGGGAUACUUGUCCAGAUUCACGAAGAUCAGUGAGUGGAUUUUAUAUUUCUCUCGGGUCUUCUCCUAUUUCAUGGAAAUCUAAGAAACAAACAUCAAUUUCUCUCAGUUCUGCUGAAGUUGAGUAUAGAUCUAUGAGGAGGGUUGUAGUCGAACUUGCUUGGUUGGUUCGCCUAUUUGAUGAUCUCUCAGUUCCGAUCUCCUUGCCAGUACCUUUUCACUCUGACAGUCUUGCUGCGAUUCACAUCACAAAAAUCUAG